AUGUCGAUUAAAUUCUAUCAAAAGCUUCAGAAAAUCUUCACAAUAAAAUUUUUCCCAAAAUGCUUCUAUCAGCUUCACCUUGAUAUUGUUGAAGUCUGCAAAUCGGUCGAGUUGGGUCUCGAGUGUCGAGACCAUUUCAGACAUGAGAAUAUUCUGGAAAUGAUUUGGCGAUUUGAUGAUACCGGCCAAUUGCUUCUACUGUCUUUGUUGGCCUCAUGCGCGACGCCGAUUAUUCUCAACGGUGGUCCGGAAUCGUUUGCAAGAUAUCCGAAAUGGGCGCAUUCGUUCGAGAACUCGCUGUCGAUGGAGAUCAAAACGCGCCAAUCCGAUGGCCUUCUGAUGUACACGGAUGACGGCGGAACCCAUGGCAAUUUUUACGCGCUUUCCAUCGUCGAAGGACACAUUCAAUUAGAUUUUCGAUUAGGCGACAAUUCCAACGAGUUCGGCAAACGGCGACCAGUCAACACGAUUCGAGUUGAAGAGGUGCGAGUGGAUGACGACAAAUGGCACACGCUGACAAUAUUUCAAUCAUGGGAGAACGUGAAACUCGAACUCGAUUACACAUUGGUCUUCAAAAUUUUGAAUCAGCGAAGCUUCGUGUUUGGGAACAUUCUGAAGAACUCGGACGUGUUCGUUGGCGGCUUGCCGUCGAAUAUUCAUAUGUUGCCGGUGAUGAGCUCGCCGUUGAGGCGAUAUUCGAAACAUCUCGCAGUGAAUGUGAGAAAUUUGAUGUAUCGACAGUAUCCGCAAGGCGUCACCUCACCUCAAUUAUUGGAAGCUGUCGGCUCGAGGAAUAAUGAAGAUGAUUAUUGCAAUCAGAAACAGAUGACGUCACGAGAGCAAUUUGUGUGUUUGAAUCAAGGAGUUUGCUAUUCGACUAAUGACGGCGCCAAAUGCGAUUGCUCAUUCAGCGAUCAUGAUGGAAGAAAUUGUGAAAUUGAAAAAUCCGACGGCGAGCUCACGUUUAGCGGUGAUGAAUGGGUUGGCUACGAUGUGUCUCAAAACGUCUCGGCGAUUCUUCGCGCGAAGAAGGAGAACCUGACAUUGACAUUCAAAACGGUCCAUGGGACAUCAAUGCUGUUCCACGCGGGCGAUGAAAAAAAUUAUUUGCAUCUAAUGUUGGACGACGGCAAAAUAAUGGCGACAUCAAAAUUUGAUGGAUCGGAUGCGCGAAUGGUCCGAAUGUUCAACGAGUUCCCAUCGGAUCGAUAUGACGAUGACGCUUGGCAUACGGUUGUCGUUGAGCGAUCAUUGCAAUUGAUGACGUUGAUUGUCGAUGGCAAAAGAGAUGAAAUUCGGCAAUAUGCGCCCGAACUCGAUUGGAUCGCCAAUUCGUUUGCCUAUUUGGGCUCGAUUCCCAAACAGAAUCCGCUGAAAGAAGUGAAUCGCGUGUCGUUUCGCGGCUGCAUGAAAAAGGUUCGAUAUGAAAUUGACGCGACAAGCAUUCUUUUUGUGAAUCUCGCCGAUCAAAGCUAUGGUGGAAGUGUGAUCAAGACGGGUGGUGAUCUCUCAUAUUCGUGCACGAACCCAUCUCAACCAUCCGACGUCAUCUCGUUCAUCGACGGCAAAACCUUCAUCGAGCUACCCAAAUGGAAUAGUUUGUCGAGUGGAAGCUUAUCUUUUCAUUUCCGCUCAACGUCGCCCGACGGCCUGAUCCUCUAUCAUGGCGUGAUGCAGAACAACGCUUCCGAUUAUGUCGCGUUCGAGCUAAUCGACGGCCACCUGUUCAUGAUCAUCAAUUUGGGAUCCGGCGUCGUACGACUCCAAACAACAGCAAUCAAAGUCAACGACGGCGAAUGGCAUCACGUUCAAUUGGAUCGAGUCUCGAGGACCGGGAGUGUCAUUGUGGAUGCUAUCAAAAUUGAUUUCAACACACCGGGAGUUUCAUCAAAUCUAAUUAUUGAUGACCCAAUAUUCAUUGGCAACAUUCCAAACUCAUCGAUAACAUUUCCACCGUCGAUCUGGUCGAUCUCAUUGAUGAAAGGAUUCCAUGGAUGCAUUAAGAAUAUUCGAAUCAACGGCGUUUCGGCAAAAAUUGCCAGCCAUUUUGAUGCGUCAAACUCAACAGGAAUUCAACUGGGUUGUCCCUAUUCGAACGAGAAGAACGUUUGUGAGCCGAACCCGUGCCGAAAUUUCGGCAGCUGUCGUCGAGCGAUGAACUCGUUUGAGUGCGAUUGCUCGAACACCAAUUUUGAAGGGACGCGUUGCGAAAUUGAGCAAACGAGUGUCGAGACCAACGGCGAGAUUGCCAACAUUCAUGUGCUUCAAAACACCGUGAUAUCUCAAGUCGAACACGUGCAAAUUCGAUUUCGGACGUCUCAUCCGAAAGGGGUCCUGUUCGAUACACGUGGAAAAUCGGACAAGUUUACCGUGUUCCUCAACGAUUCUCAAUUGCAUUUGUUCAUUCAAGAUUCGACAUCGAACAACACAUUUUCUUGGGGCAAAUCGCUCGCUGACAACCACUGGCACGAGCUUCAAAUCCGACGACUCGGCCAGAAAUUGCUUCUAUAUUUAGACGGUUUUUGGGGUCAUAGCAUAUACCUCCAAUCAGCGCAUUCGAUUCAAAUCGACGAGAUCGGCGUCGCCUAUUCGGUUCAUCCGCGAUCGCCGCCGCCGCGCGAUGAACACUUCAAAGGAUUCGUUUCGAAAUUGAUAUUCAAUGGAAUCGAUUAUUUGAAAAAAUCGCGAAAAGCGUUGUCAUUCAUGAAGACGACGACGAUGUCCAGAGAGAAUAAAGGCCAACGAAAUGUAAAAACGCGUGUCUCGACAGUUUCUUUCACAAACUCAACGGGUUUUAUAGUGUUUUCAAGUGAAAAGAUCGCUUCAUUGUCAGGAGCAUUUCGGGUACAAUUCAAAUUUCAAACCCUAAUGCGUUCGGCGCUCUUGAUGUUCACGAUGCCAAAUAAUGAUUUGGAUCAAUCAUUCCGAUUACAAAUUGUUAAUGGAAGAAUGCGAUACACAUAUCGAGCGACGGGUCACGAAUAUCAAGUCACCUCUCAGAAGCUACCAUAUGGCCAUCAUUUGAGCGAUAUGCGUUGGCACAAUGUGCUGAUCUAUCAGGACGCGAAAAAUCAGGAUCACGUGAUGAUCAUCGACAACUCGACGACGCUGCUGAGUUUUGAGAGGCGUCGCGUCGAAGCGCGAAUGUCGGGAAAAUUGUACGUCGGCGGCAAUCCAUUGGCGCAUUCGAAAUCGACGAGCGCCUUUCGCGGUUGUCUUUCGACGUUGCGAAUCAGCGAGCAUUUAGUCGAUCUGUUUGAAGAUGCCGACUCGAAAUUGAAUGUCAAUCGCGGGUGUUCAGGACCAAUCUCGCGAUGCGGCGAAGGCUCGUGCGCCAAUGGCGGACGAUGCAUCCAAUUGUGGAGUGCGAUUCGGUGCGAUUGCAGCCUGACGGCGCAUUCCGGCGAUCGAUGCCAAAGUCGUUCGACGACGGUGCGAUUCGACGGAACACCGGCGACGAUAUUCUAUGAGUAUCAGCCGAAUGAGCGGCCGACGUCGAGCAAAGAUUAUUUCGUGUUUGCGUUCAAUACGACCCAUCCGAACGGCGUUCUGAUCGCGAUCCAAUGCGCUGCCGAUCAGGACUUUUUCACAAUAUAUUUGAAUAAGGGCUAUUUGAAUGUGCACUACAAUUUGGGCAGUCGCGACCAUCACAUUGGAUAUUUCACGAGAAGCUUGAACGAUGGAGCGCAGCACGUGAUCAAAAUUGCGAGGAAUGAGAGCAAUUUGACGGUUCAAAUCGACAAGCUGCCAACAUUGAGAUAUCGGCCAAAAAAAAAAUCGGAUUUGUUCCUUCUCAACAUGCACACCAGAAUAUCGAUUGGAGCUUCGUUCAACACGAGACAUUUGGAAAUGAAUGGCUAUCGUCAUCGUCGAUCCACCGAAAUUUUCGACGCGUUUCAAGGCGAAAUGUCGGGCGUCAACGUGAACGGACUUCAGAUUCUCGAUUUGUAUGAGAAUGGCUCGAAUCGUGUUCAUACGAUUGGCAAAAUCGCGACAACGUUUCUAUCUGAAUCGAGAAGCGGCGACAACGACGACGACGACGAAGCCGACGAGAUGAUGUACACGUUCGAUGAGAAUCCGAGCGAAGCUCUCAUCGAGUCAUUGGCGCCGAGCUGUUUGACACUUGAGGAGCAACAAACGUGUUUCAUUGAAGCCGACGAUUCGACAGCUCAGAUCGCCCAAAACAAAACUUGCUCAUCUGAAAUGGUAUUCUUGUGGCACGGCAAAUGGCAAUUUGUCCUUCACCCCCAAGGGCGUCAAAAUGACACCAAAAUGAACUGA